AUGGAAACCGAAGAAAACAACCAACUGGCCUUCCUCGAUGUGCUUGUCAAGAGAAAUGGAGACUAUUUGGAUCACACUGUGUAUCUAAAACCCACUCAAACAGACCGGUACUUGCACAAACUGUCAAAUAAUCAUCCAAACCAAAAACACGGGAUUAUCGGAACAUUAACAAAUAGAGCAAGACGCAUUUGUGCUAAGGAUCAUAUACAAGAGGAACUAAGUCACUUAAAUAAAGCCUUUCUUGCUAAUGGGAAGCACAACAUCAAAACAACAUACAAACCUACCCAGAAAAUAAAGGACUGCUUGAGACCAGCCAAAGACAAAAGGGAAUCAUUAUCCUCUGCAGGGAUCUACCGUAUACCUUGUUCCUGCGGUAGCGUAUAUAUUGGAACUACCAAACGCUCAGAAGGAACAAGACUUACGAAACACAAGAGAAGCUGCAGGUUAAGGCAAACGGACAAGUCGGCUCUAAGAGAUGCUGAUCACAAAAUCCAGUUCGAAGACACGCAAGUCAUUGCCACAACAUCUGGAUAUCAUCCUCGUCUGGCCAGGGAAGCUGUUGAAAUUCACACACAUCCAAAUAAUUUCAACAGGAAGGAAAAAACUUUCUACCUAAACAGAAUUUGGCAUCCAGCUAUAUCUAGGCUUCAUAAAAUGGUAGCAGCACAGAGAAGUAGACCAGUUCCGGAAGAACCACCACCGGAACAAGCCACGCCCCCUCGGCCGAUACAUACGCCCCCUCGGCCGCUACGCCGACGCGGAAGCAUCAGUCUAGUGUGA